AUGAUAGGAAUCAUGAAUAUUUUUUUCCUAUUUUUUGUUUUCAUUUCUUCUUAUAUAUAUGUGAAUGGCCAAUUUUGUAAAUUUAAUAAAGAAUUUAUAAAAGAAAGACAUAACGAUUUUAGAUUAAAGCAUAACGCUAAACCACUGAAAUGGAGUAAGAAACUUGAAGAGAUAGCAACAUACGAAGCAAAUUUGAUAAGGGAUAAUUCUGAUUGUAUUGUUAGUGCAAAGCAAGUUGAUACAAACUAUUUUUCCUUUUUUAAAAAUGAAAAUAUUGAAGCAUCUGUUGAUACAUGGUAUGAGGGGAUUAAUGAUUAUGACUUUGAGUUAGGAUGUAUUAAAAGGAAUGAUAAUAUAUUUGAAUUUACAAGGAUUAUAUGGAAAAGUUCAGAGAACCUUGGAUGUGCUACAGCAUGUUGUAAAACAAAAGGAAUUUUAAUUUGCAAAUAUGAUAAUAAUACAAAUAAGCCAGGUUAUUUUGCUGACAAUGUUGGAACUAUUGAUACAAUGUAUGUUUUGGAUAAUUUAAAUAAUGGAAUACAUAUAAUGAAAAAUGAUCAUUCAGAUAAGAGAACACAGUUAUAA